AUGGAUAAAGAUGAAGGAAGAGGCACUGAACCAGAGCCUAAACUCCCCAAAGCCUCAGUUGAUAAAGUAGUUUCAGAAACCCUAACUCAUCCUAUUACCUGCAGUCGUGAAGUCAAGCACAUUUUACUUAGCAGUUGUGCCGAAUUCGUCCAUAUCAUAGCCACCGAAGCCAAUGAUGCCUGUGAGAAAGAGCAAAAGAAGACCGUUACACACGAGCACGUCUACACCGCCCUACGCAAUCUAGGCUAUGCCUCUUAUAUAGAAGAAUGCAACGAAGCCUACAAAGAGUAUCAAGAGCAGACCAAGCUAAGACCAUCCAAGCAAAACAAGUUCAAAGAAUCCGGUCUUACCCAAGACGAGCUAGAAAAGGAGCAGGAAGAACUCUUCCGCAAAGCCAAACUCAUGGCUCUCAACAACGACCAACCCAACUAA